GCCUCCCGGGCCGGGGCGGGCGCUCCGGCGGUGCGGCGUUUCCGGAGCGGAAAAGUGAUUUUUAAAAGUCCAUCACUGGUUUGGAGAAUGCGGUUUGCGGAGCACGGUGGGAAUCCCGCCCGGCGAGGGUCGGCUCGAGGAGCUCGAGGGACAAGAAGAUGCCACCCAAGCGUAUAGCUAAGAGAAGGUCUCCCCCAGAAGAUGCCCUCCCCAAAAGCAAGAAGGUGAAGGACCCUCGUAACCAGGCAGUGAGGGCCGUUGCCUCCCGCCGUGUUCCAGGCGCCCGCUCCUGCCAAGUCUCCCAUAGGUCCCACGGCACAGAACCAGGUAUGGUGCUGACACUGGGCCAGGGCGACGUGGGCCAGCUGGGGCUGGGCGAGAAUGUGAUGGAGAGGAAGAAGCCAGCCCUAGUGUCCAUUCCAGAAGACAUCGUGCAGGCUGAGGCUGGGGGCAUGCACACUGUGUGCCUAAGCAAAAGUGGCCAGGUCUACUCCUUCGGCUGCAAUGACGAGGGUGCUCUGGGAAGGGAUACGUCAGUGGAGGGCUCAGAGAUGGUCCCUGGGAAAGUGGACCUGCAAGAGAAGGUGGUACAGGUGUCAGCAGGAGACAGUCACACAGCAGCCCUCACCGAGGAUGGCCGUGUCUUCCUCUGGGGCUCCUUCCGGGACAAUAAUGGUGUGAUCGGGCUCUUGGAGCCCAUGAAAAAGAGCAUGGUGCCUCUGCAGGUGCAGCUGAGUAUGCCCGUGGUGAAGGUGGCCUCAGGAAACGACCACUUGGUGAUGCUGACAGUUGAUGGCGACCUCUAUACUUUGGGCUCCGGGGAGCAGGGCCAACUGGGCCGCGUACCUGAAUUAUUUGCCAAUCGUGGUGGCCGUCAGGGCCUUGAACGACUCCUGGUCCCCAAGUGUGUGAUGCUGAAAUCCAGGGGAAGCCGGGGCCAUGUCAGAUUCCAGGAUGCCUUCUGCGGUGCCUACUUCACCUUCGCCAUCUCCUCUGAGGGCCACGUAUAUGGCUUCGGCCUCUCCAACUACCAUCAACUUGGAACCCAAGGCACAGAAUCUUGUUUUAUACCUCAGAACCUAACGUCCUUCAAGAACUCCACCAAGUCCUGGGUGGGCUUCUCUGGGGGCCAGCACCAUACAGUCUGCAUGGAUUCAGAAGGAAAAGCAUACAGCCUGGGCCGGGCUGAGUACGGGCGGCUGGGCCUUGGGGAAGGUGCUGAGGAGAAGAGUGUACCCACCCUCAUCUCCAGGCUGCCCACGGUCUCCUCAGUGGCUUGUGGCGCCUCUGUGGGGUAUGCUGUGACCAAGGAUGGUCGUGUUUUUGCCUGGGGCAUGGGCACCAACUACCAGCUGGGCACGGGACAGGAUGAAGAUGCCUGGAGCCCCGUGGAGAUGACAGGCAAACAGCUGGAGAACCGUGUGGUCUUAACUGUGUCCAGCGGGGGCCAGCACACAGUCUUACUAGUCAAGGACAAGGAGCAGAGCUGGUGAAGCCUCUGAGGGCCUGGUUCCCGGCCCCCCAACCUCCCUCUUGGAACAGGGAAGCCGUAACGACCGCGUGCUCCAGCAGGCCUCUCCCAGCCCCAAGUACUCUGUCACCUCCUGCCUUUUCCUCAUCAGCAGAACAGAACCCUUCUCCCCUUUGUGCCCCCCUCUUUUCUGGAAUCAUCCUGGGACCUACAGGAUGAGGGUGGGAUAGAUGGAAGAGAGGAGAGGGGUUUUUAUCAGAAGGAACAUUGCUCACCCCACAGCCAUGCGGUCAGACCUUCCCCCUCAUCCCUACUUCCCAUGGUCCUGGCUGACCCUGGGUUUGCUUCUCCAAAACCAAAACUUCCUCCCCUGCGUGUUGGGUGUCCAUAUACGCUGAGAAGUCGGGCUCCAUCGAGCCCUGCUCUAGUCCUCUGCCACUCUUCCCGUCCUUCCCGACCCACAGGCGGACACAAUGUACAGUCAGACCCAGCUGUCAUGGACCUAUGCCUGGGGGAAACUGGAGAAGGGGCAGGGCUACCCAGCCACGGGCAACCCCAAGCCAAAUAUUUGGCCCUGAACAGGUGCCCAUGGGGCAAAAACAAAAACAGGGCUCCUCCGCUUGAUCAAGAAAAAAGCCAAUCAGCCUUUCUCCCAGAAGCACAAAGCAUUCUGUCCUUUAGGCCUUGUCUGCAGUCUCCCCCAUCCAGCUGCCUCACCUGCAGCCAAGGGCCUGAAAUCUGGAAAGGUAGCUGUGCCCGCAGGGCAAGACUUGCGGGGAGAGGGGAAGGAGGGCUUUAUAAACAAACCUACAGCAAUAUUGAGAGUGAAGGGAGGGAAGGGGAAGAGGGUUGGAGGGGUGGAGGCUGGUCCCCAGAAAGGACAACAGCAGCUUGUACAAUGGCUGAAAAAACAGGAAAGGGUUUUGAUUUUCUUUUUUUUAAAUGUAAAGUAUUUUGGAGGGGAGAGUGAAGUCUUUUAACACUUUGAAUAAAUUUAGAGUUUUAUAAAACAGGCCACUUAUUUUCUACGCACUCCCUGCUUUUUUAAAAGGGAGCACCUGCUGUGUUGGGAAGGGCAAAAUGACCCCAUGCCUGUAGACCUGGGGAAGACUAGGACUUCAGUGAUGUCAAGAAGUCCUGGUAUGUGCCAGCUGUUCAUUUUUUGUUGUUUGUUGUUUUGUUUUUGUUUUUUGUGUGGAACAGUGGCUGUUCUAGACAAAUCAAAAAGAGUUGAUUGGUUUUUGUUAGAUAUUUAUGUUUCAAGAAUCACUGGAUUUUUAAAAAAUUAUAUUGUACGGUAUGUGAGACAUGGGAUGGAUCUUUUAAUAUCCUAAUUUGAAACCAAGAUUUUUGAGUACAAUACAGCUCUAGAGAUACUUACACUAAGUUUAACGAUGUAUCAUUUCAAAAGCUAGUGUAACUGAUUAAACAUGAUUAACUGCACAAUAACAACUUGCGCAUAAUGAUGUAGAUUUUCACGGGCAUUUGAGCAACCAAAUCACAUAGAGCUGACCUGUCCAGUAUGGUGGUCAGUAGCUACUUGUGGCUAUUUAGAUUUAAUUUAAAAAUGUAAAAUGAACUUCCUCAAUUUUACUAGCCACAUUGCAAGUCCUCAGUAGUCAAAAGCAGCUAGUGCCUAUGGUUUGGGGGCUAUGCAAAUUCAGAAAUUUAUAGAACUUUUUUAUAAUUGCAGAAAGUUACAGUGGACAGUGCUAAUAUGAGGGAUCUAUAUAUGUACAGCAGGGAAGUUUUAUUAGCACCAGGAGGAUUCUUGAUGUCAGCUACUCUUGGAAAAAUGAAUAUGAUGUAAAAUAACUUAAAAUGUAUUCUGUGAUUGUUUUUUUCCUUGAACUUUUAGUUUCAAUGCAGGUCCUGUCCUGGUUAGAAAUUGACUUGUUAGAAGGGAAAAAAUCACAACUUUCGACUUUAAUAUUUUCAUUGUAAAAGAGGCACUGUGUGUCUGCUCUUCCCUCCCCGCCCCCCAAAAAAAGUUCAUUUGGAUUAGAUUUAUUGACGCUUUCCCUUUUGACAUACAGCUGAUUGAAAGUACCCUCUCCUUAAAAACAACUCUUGCGAAUUGGGACUUAAAUGGGCCAGGCACUGUACUGAGCACUUUGCAUACAAUAAUAGCUCAUUUCAUCCUCACAUCAACCUUGUGAAGUUGGAAUUGCUGUCCCUCAGGAAAAUGUCCCUGGGAGUUCAAGUGACUAACUUGAGAUCAAGCUGCCUUUCUUUUCCUUGUAUUGUAGUGAAAGUCACUCAGUCGUGUCCAAUUCUUUGGGACCCCAUAGGCUAUACAGUCUAUGGAAUUCGCCAGGCCAGAAUACUGGAGUGGGUGGCCUUUCCCUUCUCCAGGGUAUCUUCCCAACCCAGGGAUCGAACCCAGGUCUCCCACAUUGCAGGCGGAUUCUUUACCAGCUGAGCCACGAGGGAAGCCCAAGAAUACUGGAGUGGGUAGCCUGUCCCUUCUCCAGUGCAUCUUCCCAACCCAGGAAUUGAGCUGGGGUCUCCUGCAUUGCAGGCGGAUUCUUUACCAACUGAGCCAUCAGGGAAGCGCUGAUAUGUAUUGUAUGUAACAGUUAUAUCACUCUCUGUAGGUAAUUACGUAUAUUAGAAAGGUAUCAAGUACAAAGUAGAGGCUCCGCAAGCCUUUGCUUACAACCGUUGCACAUUUCAGAAUUCCCUGUGGUUCAUAAUUGCCUUGUUUUUCACAUGCUUACUUUUUUGGUAUAAGUAUUGUGCAAUAAUUCAGUGUCAGAGUCUAUCGGAAGUAUAAAUCUCCUUUUUUACGUUCAAACGUGUCAAGUGCUCUUAAGUUUUACCUUUUCCCUAUCCUCCUCAAACCUGGAUUGGUUACCCCAAAACAAAUGUAAUCACCACAUAUGGCUCAGCUGUAACUACUGUUUACAGUCAUUAUAAUGUCGCUGUUCAAUGGUUUAACAAAUUAUAAUCAGAAGACGGAAAGGUGUGUAUGUCUGAGGGGACAUCCCUAAAAUAUCUGAAACUACAAAUGAACAGAAAUUAUAUUAUUGAGGGCUUCCCUGGUGGCUCAGUGGUAAAGAACCUGCCUGCCAAUGCAGGAGACACCAGUUUGAUCCCUGAUGCUGGAAGAUCCCACAUGCUGCAGAGCAACUAAGCCCUCACCACAACUAUGGAGCCUGUGCUCUGGAGUCCUGUGGCCCCAACUCCUGAAGCCCUCGUGACCUAGGGCCUGCGCUCCACAGCAAGAGGAGCUACCACAGUGAGGAGCCUGUGCGCCAACUAGAGAAAAGCCAGCAUAGCGACAAAGACCCAGGACAGUCAAAAAUUAAAUAAAACUAUCUUUUAAAGUAUAUUAUUUAGAAAUAUGCAUAUUUUAGGGAAAAGGUUUGGAAGUGGUUGCCUCAAGGAGCUGGGAGUUGGGAUAAGGAAUAGGUGGGGUAAGGGACAGCUGUUUAUUGUUUGACAUAAAAUCAGUUUUUUUUUCCAGUG